AUGGUUCCUAGAAUCACGAGCAAACAUUGCGCUGUCACCUGCCUUGUCAGACUCAGCUUAUCGGAAAAUUGGAAAUAUUACUUGCAAGGACUCAAUCUCGUCCAUAGUAAUUCUCCUGCACCACCAGACACCCAUGACCUACUAGCAUCCUCGCCUUUCCCUGACUUCUCAGCCCACCUUGACUUGUGGACAAAUCUUGCUUUUGAGACUGAUGAACCUCUCGCUCGUAACAAAGGAAAGAGAAAGUCAGUGGACGAAUCAGAAGAAGAAGCCGCUGCUUCUCCUUUAGGCCUGCCUACCCAUGACGGCCACGAAAACGUGGUGCACCCCACCAGCACUACCAUCACUCCCCAGUCUGAGGCCCAAUCCCCGCAGUUCGAUCUGAACGCGUUAUUGGCUGGAUUUGGCAUCGACCCAAUCUCACUCCCGCAAUUGGCGCCUGCACCCGCAGAGAAUGUGACAGCGCCUUCACUUGCGCAAUUGCUUGCUUUGCAUACUGCUCAAGGAGGGACAUACUCUGUACCCCCUCCUCCUCCUGUUGUACAUGCUCAGCCUGCCUCUCAGCCUGCUACUAAGCGGGCUCGUACUUCCAAAAGCUCGGCGUCUACUGAGGCAUUCGACCCUGCAUCCCCAGUCUCGCCUACUGGGGAAGAGACCCAAGGUGAUUACACCAAUCCCUUAUCCGCGGCGGAAGACAAGCGUCGCCGCAAUACCGCUGCUAGCGCACGGUUCAGAUUGAAGAAGAAGGAGCGGGAAGCUGCGCUUGAACGGCGCGCAAAAGAGCUUGAGGAACGUGUUGUUGAGCUUGAACGCGAGUGCGAGGGUCUUCGUCGAGAGAAUGGGUGGUUGAAGGGGCUUGUGGUGGGCGUAACGGGUGCAGGAGCGAAAUAG